CCCCGGAUAAUCAACCCAUUAAUAUUCCUUUUCCAUAAGGUACUCGAACCAAUAACUAGAAUAAUUUAGAACUAAACGUCACAAUUCCGUUACAUGAUGGGAGAUACUCAAGUUGGCGACAAUAUUACGGAAGAACGCUGCUUCGUCCACACCCCUAUGACUGACGCACGAAACCAGAUUCGCCUCUUACAAAUACACCAUGCCAAACGUGACGAACCCGUUCAUUGCAGUCUGUCAACUUGGUCACUCAGCAAACUGCCUCCAUACCACGCCAUCUCGUACACAUGGGGGGAUCCUUCGCAAACCACAUACAUCUCUAUCAACAAGCAACCGCUCAAAGUCAGAAGAAGCUGUGAGUAUGUCUUACGCCAAGCCAAAUGGCAUGAAAGAAACUUGCGAAACCUAUGUGCGUGGCGCCAUCGUUAUUACUGGAUAGAUGCCAUCUGUAUCAAUCAGACAGACAACGAGGAAAAAAGCCACCAAGUACAAAUGAUGGGAAAGAUAUAUCGCCUGGCUUCCUGUGUGCUAUCCUGCAUCGGGCCACAUGCAGACAAUAGCAAAUUCCUCCUUGAUUUCGUGCGAAGAAAUUAUUUUUAUUUAAAAUCUGCCUUCACCGCUAAUGGAAACCGGAAACCUUCUAAGCUGGGACAACUAUGGUUGGCAGGGUUGGGUAAUCCUAGGUCUGCUCUCUCAGUGUCUAUGCAGGUCCUCGGACGGGCAAAGAGGGCCAAAGACGCCUUUAUACGCCGACCGUACUUCACCCGCCUUUGGAUUCUACAGGAGAUGUUCGCAGCUCGUAAAGUCCACGUUUGCUGCGGCGAAGACUCCGUGCCUAUGGAUUAUCUCCGCGCAUUUCGCCCUAGUUUAACACGUUCAUCUCCGAGAUAUAGAAAUAAUAAUACCCCGCAAGAGAAAUUGACUCCUUCGACCAUCGAGGAAAGGAUCUGCUGGGUUCACUUCGCGAACUAUGGAUGCACAGAGUAUGUAGCGCCUCUGGGUCUUUAUACUGCACUUGGACAGUCUAUGUUUUUGUGCUGCCAGGAUCCAAGGGAUAAGAUCUACGGAAUCCUCACAGUGACUGGUUGGAAUGAAAACGGCCCCCUAAGUGUCGAUUAUAAAAAGUCGCUUUUUGAAGUAGCCGUAGAUACACUGAGGGCCGUAGCCCAAGACGCGAGGGUAGAGUUUCAUUGGGAUACUACUCUCUGGCCGUUAACCGGCCGGAUUUUUCAGUGUUUGAAUAUUGAAGCUUGUCCAUACCUGAAGAAGGCCUUAGACUCACGAAGAACUAUGCCUCGAUUGAACGAUACUGAAGACAGUUCUCCGAUGACUUAUUUGCACGAAACGGCAGAAGAAAACCGGGUUGUUGGCUCAAAGACAUUUGCCACCGUGUGUAGACCAUUAUGUACGUUUAAGCGCUGGCUAGGGCUACGAAUUGUGUCGAUGGGAGGUAUACUUGGGUUCCUGUUUCCGUUCGGAAAUGGUCAACAGCAGUUCAUCAAGGGAAACGGUUCGUUAGUAGAGAUGCCGUUGUUCGUGAGAUGUCCAUCUGGAGAGUUUCGAAAGUCAACCAACCUUGAAACCGUAAGUUUUCUAUUGCCGGCUGGAACUCGAGAUGGUGACUGGAUAAUAUUUAGAAAAUGCAGGUCCCGGCGUACAGACAACCAAGAACCAGGCUGUAUAUUAGCCGUGCGACAGCGAGGUGGUGUUAAUCCGCGUCGCUAUGAUAUCUGUGGACAGGCAGUGCCCAUGGAAAGGGGGAGAUUAAUCCAUGGUGAAGAAUGUGAAGACUUCGGCUUCUUCCAUCAGCUCGGGACCGACUGGGGAAGUUUCCAAGAUGGUUUUGAUGUGCAUUUCGAUGUAGAGGAUCUUCUCGUACUUGUAGCCCAGCUAAAUGGGCCAAGGCGUUCUAAAUCGGAUCGGGAGCACGGUGAUGAACAAAUAAGGAGGAUAAGAACGAGUGUUUGCCGCUUUGAUGGCUCGUCCUAUGCGGUUGCAAUCUGAGGAAGUGAUCAUGAAAUAUAGCAGAAUAACGUCAAAAAAGAUGGCACACCUACCAGCAUAAUUGUUAGUAGACUGCGCCAGUUAUUUUGCCGCUAUUCUGCGCAGCCAGUGUUAGCCUCGUUGUAAAUAAAAUACAUGGUCAAAUAGGCCAUGCUCGGGG